GAGCUGCUCAGACUUAAGGUGGACAGACGCUGGACCGCUGCAGGACUACUGGAGAGUGGCUGAGGCUGGACCCCCACAUGGCACACUUCUCUUGGCCUGAGCCCCCCGGCUGCCAGCGGUGCCCCCACCAUAUACGAACGGGUGAAGAGGCGAGGGUGACCUACAAGGAAUUUUAUGACAGCUUUGGCUUUCCUUAUGGACACGCCCCCCAGGAGGCCACUCAGCUGCUGUUUUAUGAACUCCGGACCCCCUCGGGGACACUACUGCAGAAAGGUCAGUCCAGCAGCUGCCCACUGCACGGGCUGCACCCCGAGACUUUGCUCUUCGGAGGAGGCGGGUAUCUGCGCUCGGUCAUGGCUGUCUACGCCAACGUGGGCUACGUGACGCUCUACUGCAGCCACACGCCGUGCAACGAGGCUGCUCACCAGUGCCUGAGUCACAUCGGCCACUUCCUGCAGGACUUUCCCCAGGCCCGCAUGGACUUGUACUUCUCCCAGUUAUACCACACAGGUGAGGAGCACCCCCAGUCCUGCUGGAACUGGCAGGGUCUGAGAGAGCUGGCGAGCCACUGGCCACGGGUAACUGUUUCCCCCCUUUCAGGAACUCGAUGGUCAGUCUUACUGGACCGGUUUGUUCUGGGCACUCCUAAAACCGCCUAUCUACCACUGCAUGGCAGGGCCAUUGCUGACCGCAUUAAUGCCUAUCAGAUUGGAGUGAUCACUGGCAUUGGUCCAGUUUAUGUCGAUACUGUGCCCGUGAGUGUCCACACGGAGCCGCCCACGCAGAAGCUGCCCCCGCCACCCCCACCCCCUUAUCUGAGGCAGCCUUACCACAGCUGGCCCUUCCCAGUGCCCCAGUGGGCAUCCGUUCCCAGGAGGAUGGAGUGGUACCCCCCCUGGAGGACAGUCAACAUCCCGGAGCGGCCCAAGAAGGUGGUGCGCCACAUCCAGCUGCCCAGCCUCGCCAGUGGUGAGAGACCCUUUGAGGCAGAGGAGGAAGAAGAGCACAGAGAAAAGAGCAGGAUGAACAAGAAGUGAGGUGGCAGCGCGCCCUGAUGGUCAGUCUUUGAUAGGACUCUUACUGGGGUCAUCUGCUGGAUAAUUGUGUGCCAAGUUGAGCCACAUA